AUGCGUUGGAAAACCACAAGUGUCGUCCUUGCCCACCUCACAGGGCUGGGACUAUCUUGGCCGUACGAUGAAGCACUCACUGCAUACAACAUCAAUGAGAAUGAGGCGGCUACCAAUCCUGCUGAAUACUGGGGAGAAUGGCCCAAUCAUACCUAUCAUCCAUCACCAGAAAACUGGCGCUUUCCUGUUUACACACUCUUUUUAGAUCGCUUUGUGAACGGUGACCCAACGAAUGAUAAUAUCAAUGGAACACUAUUUGAGCAUGACUUGAACUCAAAUCAAAUGCGACAUGGCGGUGAUGUAGCUGGCCUUGUUGAUACCCUAGAUUAUCUUCAAGGGAUGGGCAUCAAGGGAAUUUAUCUUGCCGGACUUGUCUUGAUGAAUCAACCUUGGGGCUCAGAUGGCUACUCUGCAAUGGACACUACUUUACUCGAUCAACACUUUGGUACUAUUGAGACCUGGAGAGAUGCCAUCACCGAGAUUCAUAAACGUGGCAUGUAUGUCAUUUUUGAUAACACAGUUGCAACAAUGGGUGAUUUAAUCGGGUUUCAAGGAUACCUCAAUACCACAACCCCGUUUUCGGUCGACGAACACCAAGCGCAAUGGAAAUCAGAUCGCCACUAUGUUGACUUCCACUUUGGAAAUUCAUAUAACAAUACUUGUGAAUAUCCACGCUUCUGGAAUGAAACCGGCUUUCCUGUCGACCAAUACGUGGAUGAUGAGCUGAAGGGCUGCUACAAUAGUGAUUUCGAUCAAUAUGGUGAUAUUGAAGCUUUCGGUGUUUAUCCUGACUGGCAACGUGAGCUUGCGAAAUUCGCCUCUGUACAAGAUCGACUUCGCGAGUGGGUACCAAGCGUACGGGAACGAAUUAUCAGACACUCAUGUAUGAUUAUUUCGUCGCUUGAUAUCGACGGCUUCCGGUACGACAAGGCGACACAAGCUACUGUGGAUGCCUUGGGAGAUAUCUCUGGUGCCUACCGAGACUGUGCGCGUCGUGUUGGAAAACAUAAUUUCUUCUUACCAGGUGAAAUCACCAGUGGUAAUACACUAGGGUCUAUUUUCCUUGGUCGUGGAAGGCAGCCAGACAUGACGCCCAAGACGCUCGACGAGGCAUUCCACAUGACCAACUCUUCCGAUGCGAAGUAUUUCGUGCGUGAUGAGAAUCAACAAGCUAUCGACGGUGCUGCAUUUCAUUAUUCUGUUUAUCGCUCCCUCACUCGUUUUCUUGGCAUGGAUGGUAAUCUCGCCGCUGGCUAUGAUAUCCCCGUUAACUGGACAGAAGCCUGGUAUGAUAUGAUCCUCACCAAUGACCUUGUCAAUGCGAACACGGGCAAGUUCGAUCCUCGACAUAUGUAUGGUGCAACAAAUCAAGAUGUCUUCAGGUGGCCAACUGUAGAACAAGGAAUUGAAAGGCAGUUAUUGGCGCUCUUUAUCACAACAUUGCACAUGCCCGGAAUUCCAUUAUUGCUCUGGGGUGAAGAACAAGCCUUCUACACCUUGGAUGCCUUAGCUUCGAACUAUAUUUAUGGUCGUCAAGCAAUGUCCCCUGCCACAGCUUGGAAAACGCACGGUUGUUUCCAUCUUAACUCGACUCAGUAUUACGAUUGGCCGAUCAGGUCCGGGCGGGAGGGUUGCUAUGAUGAUUCUGUUACUUAUGAUCAUCGGGAUCCUUCAGCACCUCUCAGAAAUACCAUCAAGCACAUGUAUCAGAUGCGACAAGAGUACCCUACUUUGAAUGAUGGAUGGUGGAUUCAAUUGUUGUCAAAUCAAACCCACAACGUGGUAUAUCCUGGUUCUAACCGCAUUCCUACCGAAACUGGAAUGUGGUCUGUUUUGCGUAGCCCAUACUUCCAGAAACAAGAUCUUGGAAAGGCAGGAAAUCAUACAAUUUGGUUUUUGUAUCAGAAUGACAAUCGCACCGUGACAUAUGACUUUGACUGUUCAGACCGGGAUGCGGCACUUGUUUCUCCGUUCGAUACCAACACCACCGUCAAGAAUCUGUUCUAUCCACACGACGAACUGACCUUGAUAGAUAGCCCGACAAAACUUCAUCUCAAUGGCUCAUCAAAGUGGAAUGGCUGUCUUGAUAGUCUAACGCUUAGUCCUUACGAGUUCCGAGCCUAUGUCCCCAAGAGAGAGUUCAUCCCUCCGCGACCUAUGAUCACAAAAUUCAUCCCAGGACACGACGUGCCUGUACUCUCAAAGGUCGGCCCCGGAGAAAGUGAAAGUUUGGACGUUAGUCUUUAUUUUUCCACGGAGAUGAAUUGCUCCACACUUACUCAGUCUAUCUCUAUUGAGUCCACCACAGAAGUCGGAAAGACCCCUUCGAUCGAUGACGGAACGGUGGAUUGCCACUCUGUUGACCCAGAGGACUCUCCGCUUACUGGGCACAUCCCUGGUGCCUGGGUGUGGACAGCAACUUUAACUGGGGUAUACAAUGGUAUUCACCGGCUUACAGUCAACAACGCGACAAGUAGCGAUGGGAGAAAAACCCACGCGAUUGAUCAUUUCCUAAUUCGCAUUGGACGACAGGAUAAUCCAAUAACUUUCACGUCAGCCAAUUAUUCAAGCAGUCUUCUUUAUAGAGAUAACAAUGGUAAUCUUUUCAUUAGACAACAUGCAGCUGGAGCAGACAUGUAUCGCUAUUCAACAAACUGGGGUAGCACAUUCUCCAAGUGGCUGCCUUAUGAAGGCGGAAACCACACGAUCAAGAAACAACAUUGGUCAGGAACCAAGGCACAGGAAUGGAAGGGAGAGCAUGUUCGUGUCGAGUAUUUCAGUCGCUUCACAGGUAGCAGUGAUUAUGUUCAGGAGGGUGAUGCUCUUGACUGGGAUCCGAAAAUGCCACGACGUUUCCCUCAUCUCUUCUUCAAUGGACCCUUUAAUGAGUACGGUUAUGAUGCUGGAUUGGCAAACAUCUUCAAGCAAGCUGGAGAUCGUCUCUGGAAGUUCCGUUUUAUGGCUGAGUGGCCUGCUCAAGGUCAAGUGAAUGUCUGGGGCAUCAAUCCUGAUGGCCAACCAGAUCAAAGUUAUAUUUUUGGAGAUUCAGAUGGAGACUCUGUCCUUGAUCGGCUUCCUCCUUCCUCACUCAAACACACCACGAUCAACAUCACCCAGCACCCACCUAGUCCACAUCUGGCAUGGAGAAUUGAACUCGAUGAUGCGAAUCUGAAAUUCAGACUUGUGCCAGCUGGGUCAAAAUAUGUUCAAAUGGCUCUGUUCUUCAUGCUUUGGCUCAUCCCCGUGAUCAGCGGUACAAUAUGCGCAUAUAUCUUCAUGAAGACGUUCUAUCGCAUCAAAUUCAAUCAAGUCGGCGUGAGCGAAAAGAAGACUCUGAUCUCCUUGGAUUUCCUCAACAGGUUGAAGUCAAAUAAUUUGGAAGCCGGCGGAUCGCGAAAUAUACUUGUCCGUCUUGCGAACAAGUCCAAAUUUCUCCAGAGCAACUCGGCCUUUGGCAACCGUACAUCUCAACGGCGAAAGGUGUUAGUCGCUACUAUGGAGUACGAUAUCGAUGACUGGGGGAUCAAAAUUAAGAUUGGUGGACUAGGUGUCAUGGCACAGCUAAUGGGCAAACAGCUCGGCCACGAGGACCUCAUCUGGGUUAUCCCCUGCGUGGGAGGCAUAGAGUAUCCUGUUGAUAAGCCAGCUGAGUCGAUGUUUGUCAUGAUUCUCGGGAACUCCUGGGAAGUGAAAGUCCAGUACCACUAUCUUCGCAACAUUACCUAUGUUCUUUUAGAUGCCCCUGUCUUCCGUCAACAAACGGCUGGAGAGCCUUACCCGGCUCGUAUGGACGAUAUGGACAGCGCAAUUUACUACUCCGCUUGGAAUCAAUGCAUCGCACAGGCUCUCAAACGAUUCCCCAUCGAUCUUUACCAUAUCAAUGACUAUCACGGUGCUAUUGCCCCGCUUUAUCAGCUUCCGGAGACAAUUCCCAUCUGCCUUUCGCUUCAUAACGCUGAAUUUCAAGGCCUGUGGCCAAUGCGAACUCAAAAGGAAAAGACUGAAGUCUGCUCCGUAUUUAAUUUGGAUAUAGACGUUGUCACUCGCUAUGUUCAAUUUGGUGAGAUCUUCAAUUUAUUGCAUGCUGGAGCAAGCUAUCUACGUCUCCAUCAGCAAGGCUUUGGAGCUGUUGGAGUAUCGAAAAAGUACGGGAAACGCUCUUACGCGAGAUAUCCAAUCUUCUGGGGCCUAAGAAAAGUUGGAAAUUUGCCAAAUCCUGAUCCAUCAGAUACUGAUGAGUGGAAGAAAGAGCUCCCCAAAGAAAGCGAUAUCAGUGUGGAUAGCGAAUUUGAGCUUCGACGAGCUGAGUUAAAGCGCCAGGCUCAAGAAUGGGCUGGUUUGACCCAAAUUCCCAAUGCCGAUCUUCUCGUUUUUGUAGGAAGAUGGUCUAUGCAAAAGGGCAUUGAUCUUAUUGCCGAUGUAUUGCCAGGUGUGCUUGAUGAACGACCGAAUGUCCAGCUUAUAUGUGUUGGACCCGUCAUUGAUCUAUAUGGCAAAUUUGCAGCAUUGAAAUUGGACCGAAUGACGAAACUGUAUCCAGGGCGCGUCUUCUCAAAGCCACAUUUCACCGUCUUGCCUCCCUUUAUAUUUUCGGGGGCAGAAUUUGCUCUCAUUCCGUCACGAGAUGAACCAUUCGGUCUUGUGGCUGUUGAAUUCGGUCGUAAAGGUGCUCUUGGCAUUGGUGCUCGUGUUGGUGGCCUUGGUCAAAUGCCUGGUUGGUGGUAUACCGUUGAGUCGACGACAACAACUCAUUUGAUCAGGCAAUUCAAGCUUGCAAUUGAUAGUGCCUUGAAUUCGAAGCUUGAGACGAGAGCUAUGAUGCGUGCACGUUCAGCUAAGCAGCGGUUCCCCGUUGCCCAGUGGAUUGAGGACUUGGAGAUUCUACAAUCAACAGCUAUGCGAGUUCACGAUAAAGAGCGCGCAAAAUCACAAUCUCAAACCACUCCUGCGAAUUCCGCAUACAAUGCUAUUUAUGGUAUGAUGACUCCGCAGGUUGCUGUCUCAAUGAGAUCUGGUAUGUCCAGUGGUACUCUCACUCCACCUUUGCAAUCUCCUAGUCGCCCUGGUACCAUGGCAUCUAUGCAGCGCGGUUCAGUAAUUUACAGUCGCGAUCCCAGUCCGAGUGGUGAAAGUCGACCCAAAUCGGGUCUUAGUCGACAAAUGCCUUUUGGCGUGCGGCCUGCAUCUGUGUCACUGGAUGGUCGUGGUCGACGAGACUUGGGCAAGGGGGUUAUUUGUGAUGUGGAUGAACAUAGAGAAGGCUCAAGCACACCAUCUCCGGUUGCUGAUGAUGAUAGCGAUGAUGAGAUCAUGUCUACCUGUUACGGAGAUGACGAGGAACCAAUAGGACCUGAAGCGAUUGACGCAGGGCGACGCAUAGAUAAUCCAUCACCCGGUCCACAGUCUCUUGGAGUCCCUCUUACUCGUGAUUUACUCUCAGCCCAAAGGACAAGUCAAGGCUCCUUGGUUGGUCGUUCAAUUGGUACUUCAUCUAGCUCCGCUGCACCCAGUACGACAGGAACGGACGACACACUUCUUCCACCGGCCCGACCCUGGGCUGAUGCUGAAAGUCGUCUUAGCAAUGCAUCGCAACUGUCGUUCGAUUCAGUUGUCGGUGACAAGAAGGACUAUAAGCUACAGAAGGUUGAUCCUACAUUCACAGACGGCAAUGAGGAAUUUUAUCGAGCAUUUGAGAAGAAACUCGAGGAUCUCAAUGGCGGUAAUUCGGACUCGCAACUUUGCAUUGAGCAAUAUCUCGAGAAGAGUGAAAAGAAAUGGUUUGAUCGAUUUAGAGAUGCACGUCUCGGAAGAAACCAGUCCCCAGCUGCAUCUAUGCAAUUCGGCAAAAAUGGCACCGGUGGCUCUCCCCCAGGAUCUAUCAAUAACGACGACAUAGCAUCAACCUCUCAUGAAAGUGGCAUUCCGGAAAGAAAAGAAGCCACCGGUGACGAAUUCUUCCUCGGUGAAGACUACGUUCCACCGACGGGUCUCAAAAAAUGGAUGCAAAUCCGCGUUGGCGACUGGCCCGUUUACUCACUUUUCCUCGGUCUUGGACAGAUCAUCGCAGCCAAUUCGUAUCAAGUAACACUUCUUACCGGUGAAGUCGGUCAAACGGCAGAGAAACUAUACGGGAUCGCUAGUGUCUAUCUAGUCACAUCUAUUCUGUGGUGGUUUUUCUUCCGAUUCUGCAAGUCUGUGCUUGUUCUCUCUGUGCCUUGGUUCUUAUAUGGUCUUGCCUUCUUAAUCAUUGGACUUGCUCAUUUUGAACCCAAUCCCUUUGUGCGAGGCUGGAUCCAGAAUAUCGGCAGUGGUGUCUAUGCGGCAGCCUCAUCAAGUGGUUCGAUCUUCUUUGCACUAAAUUUCGGUGAUGAGAGCGGAGCUCCGGUUAAGAAAUGGGUUUUCCGUGCUUGUCUUAUCCAAGGCACGCAGCAAGCAUACGUUAUUGCUCUUUGGUAUUGGGGAUCUACCUUAACUAAGGCCACCAACGCUGGUAUUGCGAAUGCCCAGGGUAACAUCACAAACACCUGGCGUAUGACGGCUGUCUGUACUCCAAUCACAAUAUUUCUGUGGGGCGUUGGACUUAUCCUAUAUUUCGGUCUACCAAACUACUACCGUCAAACCCCAGGCAAAGUACCAUCAUUCUACAAAUCCGUCUUUCGAAGAAAGAUCGUUCUCUGGAACUGGGUUGUGGUAAUCCUCCAGAAUUUCUUCCUAAGUGCCCCUUACGGUCGAAACUGGAACUUCCUCUGGAUCUCAAAUCACGCAAAACCAUGGCAAAUCCUCCUCCUAUGCGUCGCAUUCUUCGGCUUCGCCUGGAUAGCCAUCCUCUUUCUUCUCGGAUACAUAUCUCGAUCUCACAGCUGGAUUCUACCAAUCGUCGCAUGUGGCCUUGGUGCACCCCGUUGGGCCCAAAUAUGGUGGGUAUCCCGGAGUCUAUGGCUGUGGCUGGGUGUUCUGGACGCAUUGCAAGGUGUGGGGUUUGGUAUGAUAUUGUUGCAGACGCUUACGCGAAUGCAUAUUUGUUUCACCUUGCUUGUUUCGCAGGUUUUGGGCUCUAUCGCGACUAUUUGCGCGAGAUCUUUUGCUCCAAAUAAGAUUGGUCCGGGGCCUAUUUCGCCAGAUAUUACGGCGGGGGCUGGUGCGUUGGCGAAUGCUUGGUUUUGGAUCGCUCUUAUGUUUCAGCUUUUGAUUUGUGCUGGCUUCUUGAUGUUCUUCCGUCGUGAGCAACUCUCAAAGCCUUGA